UGUAUAAGUAUGUGCUACGAGGUAUAUAGUAUAUACCACUACAACCGCGAGCAGCGGCAGCAGCAGCUCGAGUCAUGUGAAGGAGUGGAGAGAAGAGAGUCCCGGAGAGUAGUAGCGAAGUGAGAGAUGACGCGUUCGCCAGGCAAAAGCGGUACCAAUAACCGCUUACCUGCUUAUUUAUCCGUAAUCGAGAUUAUCCGCGUCGUCGUCGUCGUGUAGUAAAAAAAAAAAAAAUUAAAAGUAAAGCGUCGUUGGUGUGUUUAUCGUUGUGUUUUUUCUCCUACUUUUAUUUGUUGUUGUUGUUUUCGUUCCUGUGUGUUGUACCGUGGGUGCCCGCGACGACGAAGGAAGAAAUAUAUAGAUUCAGAAGAGAAUUGCCUGCAGUCUGUGUGCAGUGUGUGCAGUGUUUUUCUAUACUCGUGGUCGUGUGUAACAUUGGCAGAUCGUUGUGCAUGUGCUGCUGCUGCAACUGUGUGUCGAUGAUGAUGCCGCGCCGAUGACGACGACGACGAUGAUGAGGAAGAAAAAAGAUCGUCGUUGCGAUGUGUAUGUGUGUCUGUGAAAGUGCACGUGAUAUACGUAUAUGAAGUAAGAAGAGAAAAGGAAAUUUGUACGAAGAGAAAUAAUUUGACAGUGGUGUGUGUGUGUGUGUGUGCUGCAGAGAAUACAGUAUUUUAGACAGCGAGGACGACGCCUCGUCGUUGCGUCCAACGGGGCAUUUCUCCGCGUUGUCGUUGUUGUUGUUGGGUGCGAUUGUAUAAAGUGGUAUAAGUAUAUAAAAUACAAAAAUAUCGGAGUCUGCUGGUGCAUCGUGUAACGUUUCGCGCGUUACAUAGCGUUGUUUGUUGUUGGCUGUGCUCUGUUGCGUCGCUGACGAACGAACAAACAAAGUCAAACUGCUGGGCUGAAAGAUCGGUUUGGUUGGUCGUUUUUGUCGAAUACAAACGAAAAAUAAAACGAACAACCAUCCCCCGCCGCCAUGAGAAUACUGAAAACGCUGCAAUGGUCGCGAAGUCGUAGCGGCAGCGGCGUUUCAGGAAGCGGCGUUCAGCAGCAGCAGCAGACGCAGUUACAGCAGCACCAGCACCAGCAGCACCACGAGGCGGUGCAUCCCGAUGAGAUGUGGGCCCAGGGUCACCCGAUCCAGGGCCACCAUCGGGAGCUGCCCGUCGACGUGCCCGACACCCUGCUCCAGCAGGCUUAUCCCAACAAGGUAAUGCAACAACAAACGCACAAUAACGGCAACAACAACAAAUCGAGCCACCAUCACCACCAGCAUCCACGUACCUCGGUACUGGUGCCGGUCAAUACGCCCCAGCCGCCGCCGAUAACGAUACAGGGCCCGCCGCCGCCCGUUAAAGACCGAAGAACGACGAAAUCGAAGACGAGCGCGAACGGCGAUAAUAACGAUAAUAACGUGACGAGCGCGUGUCAGAGCGCCGAACCGCAGGCGCCCGUAGUCAACAAUAACGCGAUGACUCGCCCCCUCAGUCCCUCGCAGAUCGGUUUCGACUUUAUAAAUACGUCGCCACCUCCGGUUCCGCCUCAUCAUCCGAUCAAGCACGUGAUAAUCGAGGACGUGCUCAAGAUGGAUCUGCACAAGGACCCGUUCGAGGACGAGGUCGAGGACCACUUCAACGGCCACAAGGAGUCGUGCGUCGACGCCAUCGACGAGGACUAUCCCUUCGCCAAGGAGGACUAUCCGACGAUGCUCAAGACCUGCAGCGACGACUCGGCGAGUCCGAGGAGUUCUAGCGGGCGCUCGGACAGCACGGUGCCCCUCGACAGUAGCUUGGUGCUGAGGACCAGCCAGCUGUCGGCCGGUGGUGGUGCCGCCGAUCCGCCGUUGCACGAGCAUCCGUUGCGUCAUCAUCGUCAUCAGCUGCUGAGCAGCGUCAAGAAGAGCACGACGACGACGACGACGACGACGACGUCCUUCGAGAAUCCGGCCUACGGCAUGCCCAUCGAGGAGACAGACGUGAUUGUCGUGGCGAGCGGCAAGAUGCCCAGCAGCAAGAGAUGCGCCAGCGAUCUCAAUCUGCUGAUCAGCGACGAUCCAAGGCCCGCCAAGGUCAACGGUCAGAUCGUCAACAACAACAACAAGACCAUCGUGGAGAUCGGCGGUGGCGGAUCGUCGGUACAGGAGCAGCAUGCGAUUAUCAAGCCGCCACCCGCAGGCAUGAUCAAGAUGCCGUCGCAGGGCAGAAAGAAGAAGGCCAAGGGCCCCGAGGCCGAGAAGCUACUACAGAGGAUGGCGUCGAGCGACGAGCUCGACGUGUCGCACGAGAGGACCUCCUCGGCCUCGUCCGCGUUGUCGCGUCCGCGCAGCAGCAGCAACAACAACAAGAAGAAGAACCAGUGGUCGAGCGGCUACUCGACCCUGCGCAGCGACGUAUCCUCGUCCGCGGAUUACGAUCAGGUCGAUCAUCAUCAUCAUCAUCAUCGUCCGGUCGUGCUCGUCAACAGCAAGCAUUAUCGCGAGGUCGCGGUCGACUGUCCCGCGGAUUUCGUGCCCGUUACCAAGAGCCACCCGGUCUAUCCCCCGCCGUCGCGAUCCAACACGCUCGACAAUAACAAACAGCGCGCGUCGACUCUGACUUCGGUGAAGAGCGGCUCCUCCUUGAACGAGGACAACAAGACUUCUUCUAGUAAUGCAGCUGCGGCGGCGGUGGUGGCUGCAGGCGACGUCGUCUGCACCGCCAAUAAUAACAACAAGAAGGCCGGUCUCAACGGUGUCAAGCCAGCGAUACCGCCGCGCGAUCAGAAGCGCGCCCCGGCCCGGCCGCCCAAGGACAGUCUGCGUCUCGCCGGUCAGAACAACAACGUCGUCGUCGACGCCGACGUCGUCGAGCAGCAGCACCAGCCGACGGUCAAGCACGAGCAGCCGACCCAGCAGCAGCUGCAUUCCAUCAGAAAGUAUCAGGAAGAGUUCCGAAAGCGCAAGGAUGAGGAGGAGCAGCGACAGGCCUACCUCAAUCGCUCGCUGCGCACGGGCUCGCAGAAGCUGCAGAAGCUGGAGAGCCACGCGACGACGCUGGCGGGCCAGGAGAAUCUGGCGUACGCCCAGGACGAGCUCGUGACGCCCCAGCAGCCGAAAAUCGUCACCGCCAGCAUCGGCACGCCCGCCCACUCGGACGUCGAGGAGCCCGCGCCGAGACCGUUGACGUACGGCGAGGUGGUAGCCACACUCGGCCGACUGCAGCUGCAGAUGAAGAGCAUAUCGGGCUGCCUGGGCAUAUCGGGCGCGUCCGUGGAGGCCGAUCUCGAGGCCGUGCGCACGCUCCUGGUGCAGAGGCGCUUCGAGGCCGCCCUCGUAACGCAUCACGAGCUCAAGUCCAAGCUGCGCAGCGGCAAGAGCCUCAAGCUGCACACGGACGAGGCUUCCGGCAUAGCGCGCGACGUGAUCGAGGCGCUGGAGGAGUGGUCGCAGCAGGCCGCGGCGUCGAGCUCGACGGCGGCCCACUCGGCCGAGCACAUAGCCGCCGCCGAGGAGCUCGUCCAGCUGCUCACCAGCUACGAGAUGGAGGGACUGCUGCUGGCGCACGACGCCUCCGUGACGCAGGUCGAGGGUCUGCAGCGGGGCGGUGGUGCUGGAGGACACGGCGCCGACGCGAUGGUGGCCAGCGGUGCCGCCGCGGGUGGACCGCCCAGUAGUCCGUCGCCGAGCUCGCACGGCGACUCCAAGCUCGCCGACAACAUCAGGAUCAUCAGGAUCGAGAAGACGAACGAGCCGCUCGGUGCUACAGUGAGGAACGAGGGCGACGCCGUGAUCAUCGGCCGAGUCGUGAGGGGCGGCGCCGCGGACAAGUCCGGCCUGCUGCACGAGGGCGACGAGGUCCUCGAGGUCAACGGCGUGGAGAUGCGCGGCAAGAGCGUGAACGACGUCUGCGACAUACUCGCGGGCAUGCAGGGCAGCCUCACCUUCCUCAUACUGCCGGCGCCGACCCAGCGCAACAACAACAAUAACGCGGCGCGCGCCGGCAGCGGUGGCGGCGAGGAUCAGCCGCAAAAAGUCCAUCACGUGCGCGCCCACUUCGACUACGAUCCCGAGGACGAUCCCUACAUACCGUGUCGCGAGCUCGGCGUCGGCUUCCAGAAGGGCGACGUGCUGCACGUCAUCUCGCAGGAGGAUCCCAACUGGUGGCAGGCGUAUCGCGAGGGCGAGGAGGACCAGGCGCUCGCGGGCCUGGUGCCGAGCAAGGUCUUCCAGACGCAGCGAGAAAAUAUGAAGCAGUCGAUGGCCAGUGACAAAUCGUCGCUGAGAGGGCCGAAAAAGUCCAGCACCCUGUUAUGUGCCAGAAAGAAUCCAAAGAAAAAGAAGCGAGGUAAAUUCGGCUACAAUGACGAUGCCUAUCCCCUAUACGCUACCUCGUCCGUUGACGAUUACGAGACCGAGGAAGUUUUGACAUACGAAGAAGUGGCCUUAUACUAUCCCAGAGCCAAUCACAAGAGGCCCAUAGUGCUUAUCGGGCCACCAAAUAUUGGCAGGCACGAGUUGAGGCAGCGACUGAUGCAGGAUAGCGAAAAAUUCGCAGCAGCCAUUCCUCACACGAGUCGCCCGCGCAAAGACACGGAAAUCGACGGCCAGGACUAUCACUUCAUCUCUCGUCAGCAAUUCGAAGCGGACAUUCUGGGCCGAAAAUUCGUCGAGCACGGCGAGUACGAGAAGGCGUAUUACGGUACCUCGGUCGAGGCCAUACGCAGCGUCGUGAGCUCCGGCAAGAUCUGCGUGCUGAAUCUGCAUCCGCAGUCCUUGAAGAUCCUGCGCACCUCCGAUCUCAAGCCGUACGUGGUGUUCGUGGCGCCUCCGAGCCUCGAGAAGCUGCGCCAGAAGCGCAUCAAAAACAACGAGACCUACAAGGAGGAGGAGCUCAAGGACAUUAUCGAGAAGGCGCGCGAGAUGGAGGACAAGUACGGACACUUGUUCGACAUGAUCAUCAUCAAUAACGACACCGAUCGAGCUUACAAUCAAUUACUGAGCGAGAUCAAUUCGUUGGAGCGCGAACCCCAAUGGGUGCCGGCCUCUUGGAUUCAUCAAUAACAUCGGCUGCAAAGUAGACGACUCGAGAGAUGCAGACUCGAGUCUCUACAAGGCAUCGAGAGCAUCGAGAGCGAUAUCGUCCCGUAAAGUCGUGCAUACGAUUUUCUGUCAUUUUUCUUUUGGGCCGACUAGCGUUCAUUUUUAUUUUAUUUUUUCAAUGGACUACUUAAGUUAUUGUUUUUACGUUGAUGUGGAAAAUGAUUGCGAGUGUGCGUUUAUUUAAUCUUUGCGUGCGCUUGUUGAUUUUUAUGUAACGUUUUUGAAAAUUUUAUUUAUUAUAACAUUGUAAUGACUACAUUAAAACGACGCAUGAAAGGUGCAUGAUUCGAUUUUUAACGCGAUUUUUGUAAAUAUUAUUUCAAUUUAGCAGUUGUACAUAGUUGUGUGGACGAUGAAAAACUCGUUUGUUGCGAUUAUAUAUCGCGAGGCAUCAUCGAGUAAUUUGAGCUAUAUACUAGUGACUAUCGAGAAUUUAAAACGAUACGUGAGGGAGGAACAAUUCUAAAAAGAAAAAAAUUUGUAUAUAAUAUACAUAUAAAAGGUAUAGACAUAUUAUAACCAGUUAAUCAUAGAUUAUUCAUGUUGUUGACAAAAAAGUAACGAUAUAACAUACAUAAAAAUUGGUUCGAGAAAAAAUAGUUAAGAAUUUCUUAAGAAACCAAAUUUUCCGUUUCACUCUAGCGAAUGCAUAGUAAUUGCAUAUUGUGAUUUGAUGAAUUGAAGCUACAGUUUUCAAAAGAGAAAACUAUUAACCUUUUAUUGUCGAGCGUGUGAUUGUUUAGAUUAAAAAACGUGUUCCAGAUAGUGCAAAAAAUAAAGAAAAAAAUGAAUAAAAACUGUAGGCUCUCGUUGAUGCAAUAUAGAGGUAGCUCAAGUCUCUAUACCGAUCGAUUCAAUCGUAAAAUGUAAGAAAAUUAUAAACAUAACAUAUGAUACUUGUGCUUUCUUCGAACGCAGAAUGUCUCAACAUACAAAAUGACACAAAUAAUACAUAAUGUAUUGAAUAUGAUACCAAACGUCUGUGUAAUAUUUAAACUCUUUUCUUCGGUCGGUGCGAAGAAAUAAUUUUUCAUCAUUGUUGAAUUGUAAUAAUCACCGAUAAGAAUACGUCCAUUUCGUCCAUGUUUUUUGAACUGUAUAUUUAUUGAUAAUCUUCUUUAUUUUCGACAGUAAUCGAGAUCCUUAAAAAUAAGUAAUAUUAACAAGAUAACACGAGUACGCCCUUGUGCUCGACGCAUAAACAAAUGAUACGAUUUGAAUAAUUAUAUCAUUUUUCUUCUUCGAAAGAAAAGAAUAUUUUAUAAUUAAAAAAAAGGUUUGAUGUAAUCUCGUUCGAGCUCUGCACUGUAUGCGAUUGUAUGGACUGGAAAUGCUUUUAUGAAGAGCGAUUUUUUCAUAAAAAAUUAUAAACAUAUUUUUAAUUUGAAAAAUAUUAAAGUCAAAAUGAUAUAGUGAGAUUCCAAGUGUGCAGUGCAAAUCUCGUACGAUAUCUUGCGCUAUUAUUAAGAGCAAAGAAAUAAAAAAGGAUGAAUUUUUGCAACUAUAUACAUUUUUACACAAAAACACUUGAUACUUUAAUCCUUAUUAAGUGAAUGGAAAAGGAAAGGAAAAUUUUGAAUGAAAUGUUUGAUAAACUAGGUGAGUAGUUGAAAAAAGUCCUAGAAACUUAAAAUAAAAAAUUAUUGUGUAUAAUCAGCAAAAUCGAGCUGAGGAGCUAAGUUUAUGAAUAUUAUUAUUGAAAUAAUGAAAAAAGUUUUAUCAAUUAAGACUCGUUGUGCCAAUAAAAUACAUUAUACCGUCGUAUAAGCCAGAAUGAUAAAUGACUGCGAAAUAGAAAAGAAAUAAAUAAAUAAAUAAAUAAAUAAAUGAAUAAAUAUAUUAUAUAUUAAAAUAAUUAUAUAUUAAAUAAAAUGAAUGAAAUAAAAAAUAAUGUGCCAAAAUCGUUGAGGGUGAACUUUGAUAGUUGAGAGAAAAAAAAUUAUGCGCUCAAAAGGCACCGGUAUAUGAUUUAUAUUAAGAUUGUAUUGUGCAUAAAGUGAUGAAAAAAGACAUCAUAAGUGUGUGUAUGUAAAUAUCUGUGCAAUUGUAUAGAAAAGGGUAAAAACGAUAAAAUAAUUAUAAUUAUUACUACAUUAAAAAAAUAGAAUUAUUUGAUUUUUUAUGAAUAAAAAAAAGAGGAGAAAAUAAUUCAUCACUGUGCGAGUCGAGCGAACUUUUCGUUUUGUUUUUCCGGCGAGGAUGUGUACAUCAAUUGUUAAUACGCAGUAUCUAUUCAUCAAUUUGUAAAUGGUAAUAUUAUGUCAUGUUAUAAAUAUUUUGUAAUAAAUGAAUAUAUACACAAUUAAGAUUUAAAAUAAAAUGUGUCAGUGAAAA